ACCGGUGGUGGCUUCAGCAGAAAACAACCAAGGAGAGCUUUAGAGUGAGGAAGAAAGACGCCUUGGUCUUGGUAUCACACACAUACACACACCCUCGAGCCACAUAGACAGAGAGAGUCUACCAAUGGCGAGCCAAGGUGUUGCCUCCAUGUUCGCUCUCGCAAUGCUCCUCGGAGCCUUCGCCUCCAUCCCACAAAGCGUGGAGUCCAUCGGAGUGUGCUACGGCAUGAGCGCCAACAACCUGCCGGCUGCGAGCACCGUGGUGGGCAUGUUCAAAUCCAACGGGAUCAACUCUAUGCGGCUGUACGCGCCGAACCAGGCGGCGCUCCAAGCCGUCGGAGGCACGGGCGUCAACGUGGUCGUCGGCGCGCCCAACGACGUGCUCUCCGCGCUCGCUGGCAGCCCCGCCGCCGCCGCCUCCUGGGUGAGGAACAACAUCCAGGCGUACCCCAAGGUCUCCUUCCGGUACGUCUGCGUCGGCAACGAGGUCGCCGGCGGCGCCACCCAGAACCUCCUUCCUGCCAUGAAGAACGUUCAGGGCGCGCUGGCGUCGGCCGGACUGGGCCACAUCAAGGUGACCACGUCGGUGUCGCAGGCCAUCCUCGGCGUGUACAGCCCGCCCUCUGCCGGCGCCUUCACCGGCGAGGCGAACGCGUUCAUGAGCCCCGUGUUGCAAUUCCUCGCCCGCACCGGCGGGCCGCUCAUGGCCAACAUCUACCCGUACCUGGCCUGGGCCUACAACCCCAGCGCCAUGGACAUGAGCUACGCGCUCUUCACCGCCUCCGGCACCGUGGUCCAGGACGGCGCCUACGGGUACCAGAACCUGUUCGACACCACCGUGGACGCCUUCUACACGGCCAUGGCCAAGCACGGAGGCAGUGGCGUGAAGCUGGUUGUUUCGGAGAGCGGGUGGCCGUCGGGCGGCGGCCAGGCGGCGAACCCGGCCAACGCCAGGAUCUACAACCAGUACCUGAUCAACCACGUCGGGCGCGGCACCCCGCGGCACCCGGGCGGCAUCGAGACCUACGUCUUCUCCAUGUUCAACGAGAACCAGAAGGACAACGGCGUGGAGCAGAACUGGGGGCUCUUCUACCCCAACAAGCAGCACGUCUACCCUAUCAGCUUCUGAUCGAUCGACCGAUUGAUCACAGGUAGCUGCUGGACACCGUAUGUCCGUACGCGCGUGUACAUGCGUAUAAGAGCAUGUAGACGUACGUAUGUGCACAUUAUGUAUUUGUACAAUACAGGGGCUUGGAUAUCCAUGCGACCACUGAGAUAGUAUAUACAAUACUACUAGCUCAGAUGCGUACGCUAUAGUAGUGGUUUGGUACCUAGUAUACUAGUAAUCUAGCUAGUAUACGAUUACACGAUUUAAGGGAAGCAAAUGUAAACGCUCCCUUUUCUCGUAGAGGACCGAUAAUUAAGGAUAUGUGUAUGUAAGUAGAAUUUUUUAGUGUAGGAUCUACGUUUCAUUAAUUUUUGAUGAAACUUUGGUCGAAGAAUAAUAUCAGAAAUUUCGGGGAGGACCGAAAUGCUAUUGUACAUUA